CGCAGGCAACUUACCGGACGACACUCUUUUGAGACUAGAUCUUGGCUCGGACAGCCUUGAAACUUCAGGAAGGCAUUUGACCCGGUAAAAUCCGCCGACAUGGAAAAUGACGUGAAGAGUGUGACCAUCAGAGAGCUCCGCCAGGAGGAGGCGACCGUAGCACGUGACAUCGUCGUGGAUGGACUCUACCGGCAGACGGUGACGAUCCGCGCCGCAUUUGAGGCGCUGCGCGCGGUGAUCCAAGGAAGACUUGAUCCCCAGCCACUGUGGGUCAUGUGCGUCGUGUUGCUUUUUUUCAUGGCAAUAUCUUAUGCAUUCUCAAACUCUGUGCUUGUGUCUGUGCUCGUUUCUGUGGUUUUGACGGUCGCCUCGAGUCUUCCCGUCAUUUGGGGACUCAUCUACGUUGAGUUUGGGAAAUACGUGCAUAAAGAACGAAUGGAGCUCGAGCACCUGUAUUCCUGGUACAACGCUAAACCCGGCAGCAGGUUCUGGGUGGCGGUUUGCGGCGGGAAGAUCAUCGGGACCGCGGCUCUGGAGAGGACGUCCGACACCACGGCCGAGCUGCGGCGGAUGAGCGUCCUACCCGAGUACCGGCGCAGGGGAGUGGCAACCCGCUUGAUGGGAAGUUUCCAGGAGUUUUGCAAAUCCGACGGCGUCAAGAAGAUGUUCCUAACCACCUCUCUUCUUCAGCCGGAAGCUGUGCUUCUGUAUCAAAAAUGUGGAUUCGUUAUCACCGAGACGACACCGAAAGCUGUUAUACGACUAGAGAAGCUGAUAUAAUGAACCAUAAUAAUGAUUUUUAUAGAUAAUUUACUCUUUGUAUCAUUUCUCAUACAUUAAGUAUGUUGAAGAUAUAUGUACAAGUUAGUACAUAACAGAAAAAUAAAAUUCGGACCAGGUAGCUUCCCGGCUUAUCUAACAACGUACCUUACCCGUACCAUAUCACUAUCAUUCAUGUGUAACAGUAAGGUUUUCUAUCCUGCACCGCUUGCUUCUAUCUUCUUAUAUACUAGGCUCAGUGUUGCAAUUGGCAGCUUCGUCUGUGAGGAUCACACAAAUGCAGCCCUUCUUUAGUUUGUUGGCUAGACAUCUGACGGCCAGUGACAGAAUAAUUCAAUCUAAAGGUGGCGUAUGGACUCUCUCUCUAGUCUCUGGCGAAUGGAUACUAGUACUGCCUUUUGCCACCCUAGGAUCUGCUUGGAGAUUAAGAAUAACUAGUCAAUGAAAGUGAUAGCGACAUUUGACUUCCGUACGGUAUUGCAACAUGUAACGAUAGAUGUUUCUCAAUUGCGUUUCAAUGACAAUGUUAUAUUUUUGACCUGUAAUCGCAUUCUAUAUAACAUACUCAGUUACUAUACAUGUACUCCAUGGGUGCUAUUUUGCUUAUUAUACUAAGAUGUAUGUUUCAAAUAAACCAUUAAUUAAUUCAUUCA